AUGUCCGCAGCAUUGGUAGCCGGUCCAUCGUCGACACCGUCAUCUUCGUCGGAAAACACCGACCUAGUCGCUACCACUUUUAAGCGUCUGCAUCCCAUCUCGUACCUCUCGCGCUUCCUUGACGCUUCCAUUCGUGAAGACGGCCGGUCUCUCGCUGCCUUCCGUGAUGCGACGAUCACUAUUGGGUCCAUCUCCACCGCAGAUGGGUCGUCGUUCGUCCGCAUCGGAAACACUUCGUGCAUAGCAGCUAUCAAGGCGGAGGUAGCUACGCCGCAGCUUUCCCGUCCAAGCGAAGGCUACCUCAUUCCCAACGUCGAGCUACCCGCCGUUUGCUCGUCCAAGUUCAAGGCCGGCGCUCCCGGCCAAGAGGCUCAGGUGUUAACGAGCAGGCUUCUGGCUCUGCUCAACAGCUCCAAUGUCUUGGAUAGGGAGCAAUUGUGUAUUCAGGAGGCCACAGCAGUUUGGUGCCUCUACCUCGACAUCAGCUUCAUUUGUUUUGACGGCAACGCCAUGGACGCCGCUGUUCUCGCCGCUGUAGCAGCUCUUUCCAACACCAAAUUGCCCAACGCUACGUACGAUCACGACACGGAGCAGGUGCGUUGCUCGUCGACUCGCCAGCCCUUGCAUCUUGGAGACUUUCCUUUCGCUUCCUCCUUCUCCAUCUUUGAGAAUCAGCAUCUGCUCAGCGAUCCCACCGCGUUCGAAUCAGCGCUUUCGUCUUCUCACGUCACUAUCGCCGUUUCGCUCGACCCCUCCGCCUCAUCCGAAACGACCAAAGCAGACCCUGCCGUCACUUUCCUUCAACAAUCAGGCCGUCUGUCGACAUCCAGUUCCGACCGCAACCAAAGUGCAACUGACCAACAGAAUCUCCAGCUCUGCAUCGAACGAUCAUCCUCGAGAGCGAUGCAGCUAGCGCUCUUGUUACGCAACGCUCAAAAGCAAGCUCCAUAG